AUGGGCAACCAACUGGACCGCAUCACCCACCUCAGCUACAGCGAACUGCCCACGGGGGACCCCUCGGGCAUCGAGAAGGACGAGCUGCGGGUCGGGGUGGCCUACUUCUUCUCGGAUGAGGAGGAGGACCUGGACGAGCAGCGCGGCCAGCCGGACAGGUUCGGAGUGAAAGCGGCGCCGCUGGCGGGGUGCGCGCCCUGCCCCGAGAGCCCCGGCCGCCACCUCCACCUCCACCCGCACCCCCACCACCUGCUGCACCAGCUGGUCCUCAACGAGACCCAGUUCUCCGCCUUCCGGGGCCAGGAAUGCAUCUUCUCCAAAGUGAGCGGCGGCCCGCAGGGCGCCGACCUGAGCGUGUGCGCCGCCAGCGCGCUGCCCGCGCUCUGCGAGCCGGGCGACCUGCUGGAGCUGCUGUGGCUGCAGCCGGCGGCCCGCGAGCCGCCCGCGCCCCCGCACUGGGCCGUGUACGUGGGCGGCGGCCAGGUCAUCCACCUGCUCCGCGGCGAGAUCCGCCAGGACAGCCUGGGCGCGGCGGGCGCGGCCAACGUGGGCCGCCUGGUCUCUAGCUGGUACCGCUUCCGGCCGCUGGGCGCCGAGCUGGUGGUGCAGAACGCCCGCGGCCACCUGGGCCUCCGCAGCGAGGAGAUCUGCUGGACCAACUCGGAGAGCUUCGCCGCCUGGUGCCGCUUCGGCAAGCGCGAGUUCAAGGCGGGCGGCGAGGCGCCGGCGGGGCCGCCCCCGCCGCAGCAGCAGUACCAGCUGCAGGUGCACCUGGGCGGCGGCAAGGUGCACAGCGCGCGCUUCCCGCGCCUGGAGGACCUCAUCCGCGAGCGGCGCCGCAUCGACGCCAGCGGCCGCCUGCGGGUGCUGCAGGAGCUGGCCGGCCUGGUGGACGAGGACGACAAGGAGUAG